UAUCAUUACCACACAAGCUUCUGUGCAAAUGGCAUCUGUAUUAUUUUUAUUAUGCUUUAUUCACCGGAGUGUUGUGUUGUCACUAUGACAACCAACCACACUGAGGAGUACAAUGGAAUUUAAGGGAUCUUUUAAAAUGAGGGUUGGUGUAAAUCUGUCUCUAUUUUCAGGGAGUGGACCAUUUCAAAUCAACAUAUGAUGUGACCGUUUUGUUAUCUGACUUUUCAAACAUGAUCCAGCUCUUGGCUUUUGUGUCUACAUGCCUUCAAAUUUCCCACCUCAAAGAUAAAGAUCAAGUCUCUACAAAUGAAUAGCUUGGCUGCCGCCUGUACAUGUGCUCUCUAAUCUAUUAUUCUUGUCACAGUCUCAUACUUCUGUUAUCAUACUGUCGAAACUUUAAAUUUUCCUUCUCAUUGUUUGAUUCAAAUCUGACUCUGUGAGUGAGAGCCAGGCGUGUUCUGAGCUGCUGCAUAAAGAUGUAACCGGGUCAUUUUUGUUUUAGGGUUAGACUGUCUUUACUUCCUGUUUUCUCUAUGUUAAUGAGGACCCAUGUGUCCUGUCCCUCUAUGCUUGUAUUGUUAUUUUCGAGUCUAGCGCCUAUCAAAGGAGGAGAGUGAUGUUCACUGUCUGUGAGAAUCAAGGGUCAAAAAAGGAAAAUACACGGCAAAAGCAAACCAUGGAGGUGUUGGUGAGUGAGCUGAAUGCACUCCUAAAGUUGCUGGACCAGGAGACUCUCAGCUCCUCAACCCAGGAGAAGAAGACUUCCGUAUGGAACCUCUUACAGAAGAUCCAACCAUCAGUUUCAGGAACAGAUUACAUCUACAUGAACUCAGCAGUAUACAGGAAUGGGACCAGCUUUGUCGAGUCCCUCUUUGAAAAAUUUGACUGUGAGCUUGGAGACCUAAAGGAUGUUACGGAUGACUUGAAACGAGACAAAGACACGCAAACUGAGACUUUAAAACAGAACUGUGGAAACUCCUCAGCUGUGCAUUCAGUAGAUUCUCCUCCCCCUCUGCCCACAACACCUCCCCCAGAGGACUAUUAUGAGGAGGCAGUGCCACUCAGUCCGGGCAAGAUGCCCGAAUACAUCAUCACAAGAGUUCGGCCUAGCCCUCCUAAUUCCAUAGAGGAUGGAUAUGAAGAUGCCGACAGCAACUACCCAACUACCCGCAUCAACUCCCACCGCAAAAAUUCCUAUAACGAUUCAGACGCACUGAGCAGCUCCUAUGAAUCAUAUGAGGAAGACGAGGAAGAGAGGAGCCCCGGUGUGCGACUCACACAUCAGUGGCCCUCGGAUGAGAGCUCCAUGCCCCCUACUAGAGAUUGCCGCAUCUGUGCUUUCCUGUUACGCAAGAAACGCUUUGGCCAGUGGGCCAAACAGCUCACUGUCAUAAGAGAGAAUAGAUUACAGUGUUACAAGAGUUCGAAGGACACAUGCCCCUACGUGGACCUUCUGCUGCCCCAGUGCACUGUGGUUUAUGCUCCGAAAGACAGCAAGAGGAAGCACCAUGAACUCCGGUUCACCUUACCCAACGGAGAUGCGCUGGUUUUGGCUGUGCAGAGCAAGGAGCAAGCACACAGAUGGCUCCGGGUUGUUAGAGAGGUGAAGGGACAAUGCACAGGGGCGGAGGUAUCCGCAUCUCCAGUCAUUUCAAGAAAAACUGAGCUUGACAAGGUGAGUCAAAAGAGAUUGUCUGCUGAGAGGAACACUUCAGAUUCAGACAGUGUUGGCGUAUCAACAGUGGAGAACUGCAGAGAAAACGGUAAGGUAAAGCGUGGGGCUUUUGCUGCAGGCCGAAAGAUCACGCGCAUCAUCAGUUUCUCAAAGAAGAAGGCUUCCCGAACAGCCUACAACGACCCUCGACAAGGUUAUCUGUCAGUACUUGUCAACCAAGAGUGGCAAGAGCACUGGUGCUGUGUGUGCAGAGGCUUCCUGCACUUCUACCAUGACAGAGGCGACCAUCAGACCUCCUUGCCCUCUCUCCCACUGCAUGGCUGCGAGGUGGUGCCAGGGCUGGGACCUAAGCAUCCUAUUGCCUUCCGAAUCUUACGGGCCAGCACCACAGUGGCUGCUCUGGAGGCAGCAAACUCUGAGGAGCUUGGGAGAUGGCUUGGGGUUCUCUUGGCGGAAACCGGUUCCACAACAGACCCAGAGUCACUGCAUUAUGAUUACGUAGACGUGGAGACCAUCGCUAAUAUACGCAAUGCUGCACGGCAUUCCUUCCUGUGGGCCACAUCCUCCGACGGUAACACAGACUCCAGAACAUAUGAUGAGGUCCCUAAUGAGGACGUACAGUCUAUGGCGAGCUGCCGGCAACAGUGUGGGAAUCAAGGGAAGCGACGCUCCAGUUUCUCCAGCAGUGAUUCUGACAAGACCAAGCCGUUAAACUCCCUCAAAAGAACAGGGUCAAAUUCAAACCAAUAUGGAAGGUACGGGAAAACACGAGCAGAGGAGGACGCUAAGCGCUACCUGAAAGAAAAGGAGGGGUUGGAAAAAGAGAGGGAUGGCAUCCGGAAUACGCUCUCAAUACUCCGACAGGAGAAGCGAGAACUCAAGGAACAGCUGCAAACAGCUACUGAGAAGAGAGCUCUUCUCCUGGACAAGCGUGUGUCCCAGCUCGAGGAAGCUUGCCGAGCCAAAGAGGCAGAGAGAGUGGACUUGGAGCUCCGGCUAUCACAAGUCAAAGAAAACCUGAAGAAGAGCCUGGCAGGUGGAGCACUGGGUACGCCGGUGGAGGCAGUCCCACCUGUUAAGGGGUCCAGAAAGAAGACGCUUAACAUCUACAGUGAGGCCUUACCUGUAAACUGCGCCUCAGAGAUGCGCAAGAGACCUCCAUCUGUGUACGCUUCAUCUUCAGGAACUGUCAUGCAGAAGGCAAAGGAAUGGGAAUCAAAGAAAAGAACCUGAAGGCAGCAGCAUUGGAAGGACUUGAUAAAAGGAUACAACAGUUCAUCCUGCUGAGGAUCAUUUCCCACCAAAUAUUCAGAAGCACAGACGGCAAACAAGUUUAUGUUGUAAUGAAAGAAAUCAGCCACUAGGUGGAGGUACAUCUUCAAGAAAAAAAAUGUUUUGCAGUGUGACUUAAAUUUUCACAAAUCCAAGGACCUGAUUAAGUAAUUUGCAGUAUGAAAUACUGCAGAAUUCAAUAUAUUAAGCAGAAUUCAGAUAUUUGGGGGCUCGGAACAAUAAAGUUAAGCAGUGAGAACGCACGUCAAUGUAAUAGGUUCACAUCUCUGUUGCAUGCGUGUGAUGGGUUUGUGUGCGAUGAGUUGGGGAAAAUAAGAGGAUGGGAGGUACAGUAGGGGAAGCCUUGAUGUGCCAUUCGAUUACUGUAUGUUAUUUGUAUUUUUUAUGACUUCUGUUUUCUGUUCAUAAUGUACGUCAUUCAUUAUAAUACAUACCCAUCCAGCUGCAUGGGCCGUGCUUGGUUCUAAACACAUCAUGCCUCCAUUUGACUUAUUUAGGCCACAGAUGCUCACUGCCAUUCGCAUUUUUUUGCAAAAAAAAUGUCACCUAAUAUCUUUUUUAGUGGAGAAAUCGCCACUUUUCUACUUACUUGUAAAACCUGUGGUUGACUUUUGCACUUUAGGAUUCUCUGACCUGGGUAGCUAUAGACCCUUAUAUAUUAAAAGAAUGGAUAUAUGCUAUUUAACGGCAUUAAACAUAAUUUACAUUUCCACAUGAAACCCCUGUUUAAAAAUACAUGUAAUUAAAUAUAUUUGUUGCCAUAUUUUAGCCAGUGUUGUUCUUUACACGGAUAUUAAUGAAGGAGAAUGACUGAAGGUUGCUACUGUUGUUACUGAACUACUGUAAUAGCCUCAAUUAUCAAAAACAACACAACGCACCAUCCUGCCCGGUAUCAUU